AAUUCCUACCUUCUCCAUUGCGACUUGGAUACAACAUUGUCGACAUUGCGAAUUCAGAACAGUCACUGGCACUCCCGAGCUGCCCAUUGCUUCCGCUCGAAUUAUCAGUCUGCGAGAGAGUCUCAUUGCGCAGUGGAAACAGGAGCUUGAGCCUAACCACCGCUCCCGUAGUCAGCAAUUGUGUAGGAGAUUCCCACCUCCAAACCUCGCCUGGUCCCAAGUCAAAAUCACACGAAAGGAUGGGUUCCGACGAGGAGAACCGUGGCCAGCGAUCACGACGCAGCCGCCACGACGACCAAGACGACGACGAAAGGCCGCGCCGAGAACGAGACACCGCAGAUCGCGACAGCCACCGCCGCAGACGCAGCAAAGACCGGAGCGACAACCGUGACCGCGACCGCGACCGCGAUCGCGGCUCAGACAGACCACCGCGCAAAGAACGACGAAGAUCCCGAUCCCGAGACAGACGCGAGACCUCCCGCCGCUCGCGCUCACCAGACCCCUCCACGCGGAAACGUUCCCGCUCACGAGGAGACCGCGACCGCAGCGAUCGCGACAGACACAGGCGAAGGCGAUCCCCCCACGCCGACGACAAUGACCGCAGUAGCAGGGACAAAGACUCCCGUCGCCGCCGGCACCGCGACCGCAGUUCAGCCUCCGACUCGGAAGACGACGCCAACUCCAACUCCAAAUCCACAAAACGCAAACGCCUAACCGCACCCACAAGCCCCAUCCGCCGCACCGGGCCCCUCCCAGACCAAGACGCCUCCUUCGCCGUCUCCAAAGGCGAAGAACCCGAAAAGCCAAAAGAGAAACCAAACCUCCGCACAACAGGCCUCCUCGCAGCAGCCUCAAACUCAAUCCAGCAAGCCGACGGCACCUCCAUUGCGCUGAAAUACCACGAACCCGCCGAGGCGCGCAAACCGCCCGUCCGCGACCAGUGGAAGCUCUUCGUCUUCAAGGGAGCCGACGUCGUCGACACGGUGGACCUGAACCUCCGCAGCUGCUGGCUGAUGGGUCGCGAAGCAGCCGUGGUGGAUUUCGCGGCCGAGCACCCGAGUAUUAGCAAGCAGCACGCCGUGAUCCAGUUCCGGCACGUGGAGAAGAGGAAUGAGUUUGGGGACCGGAUUGGGAAGGUGAAGCCGUACCUGAUUGAUCUCGAGAGCGCCAACGGGACGGUGCUAAAUGGGGACAAGGUUGCCGAGAGUCGGUAUUAUGAGUUGAGGGAUAAGGAUAUGAUUAAGUUGGGGCAUAGUACGAGGGAGUACGUUCUCAUGCUGGCGCCGAAGGACUAGAUACCAGAAACUGGAGAUUUGCUGUGGCCGUGGGACAGCUUGCGACACUUGUGAGGUUGCGGGUCUUGGACACUGUAGAAGUAUCGUUUGUCGUCAAUAGAGACGAAGACCACCAAUUUACAGUCACAUGAAGAGAUUAAUCAUGCGGUU